CUUGCUUGGUCGGGCCGCUCAAUUGUCAGCCUCACAAUUGGUGUCAGAAGUGGGAUUUGACCAAGUGAGGAGGUGAGAGUGAUGGAGGAACUGCGGGAGAUGAUGAGGUCACUCCUGCAGCUUCAGGCAGCCGGUGAGCAGCAGUUCGCACAGGAAGAGGAACGGAGACUCCGGAGGGAAGACGGCAGAUUGGCUGGAGGCUCGACGGGCGCUGGCUCUGCCGCUGAGGCAUCAGAGAUCCUGGCGGAGAACCGGAGAUUGGUGCAAGAGCAUAAAGAGGAGUAGCUCCGGUUACAGAGGGAAGAAGAGAGGAAGGCAGAAGCAUCGAGAACGGUUGGAAAGAUGGCGGCGCACACGCAGAAGAAUAACAAGCCAAGGAAACCUGGAGGAAAGGAGUCGUCGCAGCCUUUGAUAAUUGCCAAAACUCCAGAGUUCGUCCGGGAUGUGAUGGGUUCCGGCGCCGGUGCGGGCAGCGGGGAGUUCCACGUUUGCCGGCACCUCCGACGCGGGGAGUACCAAGGGCGGGACUUUCUGGACAGGAUGUCGGGGAAAGUGAAUGAGGACAUCGAGUGUCUCGAUGAAGUGGAGCUGAGCAAACGGGCGGCCGGUGAUGGAGCAGCGGGGCGCGGGAGGAAGCGAAAAAGACUGAGGCGCAAGAUGCGGAUGUGAGCUCUUUAGAACGACAUAUUAUUUCACAAAUGUUUGUAAAGGCAGACUGCAUAGCUAGGUGCUUGAUUGUAUACACCUGUGGCCAUUGGACUGAAUUAAACACCUGCAUUCAAUUAAUAAGAGUGGUCCAAUACUUUUGUCCAUUUUGUGUAUAUCAUGUGACCUGGGAUCAUCACGAUGGAUGUUUUAAGAAACUGUAUA